AUACAUUAAGCUUUCACCUACCACUUUAUAUAAACCCAUUCCUUCUCUUCUUUUUUUUCCUCUCCAUUUCCAAUUCUCUCUAUUUUCUCUCCCAUCAAACCAAACACAUUUUUCACUUCUUUUCUCUUCUCUUUCCGUAACCGCAAAUUCCAGCCAUGGCUGCUUCUUCUCAACGACACUGUUUCUUGGAAGAAGACGACGGUGGUUCGGCUUCAAUCGCAGAUAUCGAACCAGGAUAUUCCGGUCAUAAUCAUAAUCAUAAUCAGUCCUCUUACCAAAACGGUUACGUUUCAAGAACUCUAGGUUACGCCACUUUCUAUAACAACAGAGAUCUAAGAAACAACGUGUAUUCACCUAGAUCUGGUAGAUUUUACGAUGCGAGAUUCGAAGAUCAUCAACCUCACUUUCUUGAAGCUUGUUUUCUUUGCAAAAAGCCUCUCGGAAACAACAAAGAUAUCUUCAUGUACAGAGGGGACACACCUUUUUGUAGUGAAGACUGUAGGCAUGAACAAAUUGAGAUAGAUGAAGCGAAAGAGAAGAAUAGGAACUUUUCUUCUUCAAUGGCGUUGAGAAAUAAAGAGCAGAGAAAAUCGGUUUCGCCAAACAAGGCGCAAGAUUACUCGUUUCGCACAGGGACGGUUGCUGCGGCUUAAUAUAAUUAGAAGUUGAAUUGAAAAUUGAAACUGGAAGUUAGUUUCAAAUUUCAAAGUAGGUUUAGAAAAGGAAAUUAGGGUUAUAUAAAAGGGAGAAAAAAGUGGAAAAAAAAUAGAAAAGGAAAAGAAGAAAAAAAAGUGGAAGUUAAGUUCUGACUUUGAAGUUUGUUUUCCUUUUAUUAUGGAGAAGGGUUAAGAACAAAGAGAGAAGUGAUUCUGAAAAAAAGUGAUUUUUGGGCAGGAAGCUAUGUAUAUGGUAAUAUGGUUUCGGAAGUUUUCUGCUUGUGGUAUCCUCUCUAUGAAAUGACCCUUUUUAUUUUUUUGGUUUUGUUUUAUAUGUGUUGUGAGUUUCUUUAAUAUUGGUUAUUGGUUAUGUAAUGUAUCGAGUAGAUUCAAAGUUUAAAAAUGAAGAAACUUGAUAUGAACAUAAAUUUCA